AUGUCUGGCUCUCUUCGAGAUCGUAUUUUAACUAUAAAUCCUUCUAUUGGAAAUAUUUUAUACAAUCCAACUGCUUAUUUAUUGUACAAUAGAGAAAUUGGAAUGAGUAAAGAACGAAGAAGAUUUUUAAUUGUUAAUGUUUUUGAUUUUGUUCUUUCUACACUUCUUUGGCUACUUUCUGCUGUUACUAAACCUUAUAAACAUACAUGGAUGGAAGUAUUUUUGGAAGAAAUAAAUAUUUUUGCUCCUCAUUUUCUUCACAAUUCGCUUUUUGAUUUGGGUAGGAUUUUAGCUUUAAAUUUGUUUGGAUGGGGACGAGGUCUAGGCUAUACAGCUAGUCAGGCUUUAGGCUAUGUCUUUAUUAGAGUUGUUAGCAUCUGGGUAGUUUUUGCCUUUGAUGGCUUAAAAAGAGAAGAACAGGAGCAUUUGAGCCGCCGCAGGGAAAAUAAAUCAGUCACCAACAACCCUAGUUUCUACCUAUUUUUGUUCAGGAUUCCUGUGGCGUUCACUACAACUGUUUCAACUAUCUUUAUUGGAAUUAAAAUAUUCUAUUUUUUCGAUAAAGACAAGGGUUCAAUACAACAGUAUUUGGUGAUUAUUGCCUCGCUUUGUAUUGCUUGGUUCGAACUUUGGCUUAUGCCCUUUAGAGUUUUGGAUUCAGAACAUCAAAGAGACAUAGGUGUAGGAACAACCGUCAUUAAUGGAUCUGAUACGGAUAGACAACGUUUAAAUGCUCAAGAAUUAAUCAGGCAAAUUGUUGCUAAUGAAGAGGAAUUCUUUCACACUGCAUUCGAAGACGACACUUCUGGUUGGUUUUGGAUUUUUUUGGGAACAAUUUUAAAAAGGAGGUUUUUGACAAAUGAAAAAGCGAUUUCUUGGUAUUUUUUAGAAUUUUUCCAAUUAAGAAAUGAAGCAGAUUUACUUUUUGUUAAUAUAAAUUGUUGGAAAGUUUUGCAAAAAGAAAAUAAAAAUGUGCCCGAAAUUCGUUAUCAUGACGCUUCAAACAGUUAUUAUAUAAAAACAGUAAUAGAUCACACUGCUAGAGCUGUCUUUAAUGCUGUUUGGAGAGAAAGUCAAAAAUGGAAUAAACAAAUUUUGGAGACGAGGAUAGUUGCUGUUGUUGAUAGUACAACAGAUAUUGUUAUAACGAUUACUAAAGCUUCUGGUGGUGGAUAUAUUGCACCGAGGCAUUUCAUCGACAUUCGUCGUUUUAUCACCAAUACUGAAGAAACUUCUUUUGUUGGGGUUUAUGUGUCGAUUGAAUUUGCUGAGGAAGGGACAAUGGGAGGAGAACAAAAAACUUCCAAAAGUGCGAAAAAUGAAGGUGGAGUUGAAAUUCGGUGAGAAAAUCCUUUUAACAGCUAAUUGAAAAUUUAUAGGCUGGGCUGGAAUUAA